AUGGCUGACAGUCGGUUCGAACACUCCGUGAUCUACCUGUGCUCUCAUUCCGACCAGGGUGCCAUGGGGCUGGUUGUCAAUCAGGUUGCCAGGCAUCUUUCCCUCGAGGAAUUGCUGAUCCAGCUGGAUAUCCUGAAUGAUGAUGAGAGCGCUAUCCGGUUGCCGGACAGCGUUCGCGGUAUGAAUGUCCACAAAGGUGGUCCGGUAGAAGUCGAGCGUGGCUUUGUGCUUCACAGCGACGAUUUCAUGCUCAAUCAGUCAACACUGACGAUAGACAACGGUAUUUGUCUGACCGCGACACUGGAGAUUUUGCGGGCUCUUGCCCAGGGCGACGGGCCGGAACAGGCUAUUCUGGCACUUGGAUAUGCCGGGUGGGCUCCCGGACAGCUGGAGAACGAAAUUCAGGGGCUGGCCCGCGACGGAGGCCUCUAUCUUCCCGAAUCCUGGCCUCAGUUCGAUGCGGAUACGAUUGCCUCUUUUGCGGGUAAACCUUACGCCGACGUUGCGUUGGAAGUGAUCCGGCCGUUUGUUGGCGGUGCAAUUCCGGAAACAGACCUGAAGGCGAUGAUCGAUGAAGCCUAUGCCGGUUUCCGACAUCCUGCCGUGACACCGCUCGUGCAGACCGGUGCAAACACAUUCAUUCUUGAACUUUUUCACGGCCCGACCCUUGCCUUCAAGGAUGUCGCCAUGCAGCUGCUCGGGCGCAUGAUGGACUACGUUCUGGGGCGCGAGCGCACGGACAUAUUUGUCUUGUACCCCGAUGGCCGUGUUUCCAACGUACAGCGCCGCCAGAUGACGACGCCGACGGAAGACAACGUCCAUGCGCUCGCCCUCACCGGAAACUUUGACGAUUGCCAGGCAAUCGUCAAAGGCAUGUUCAAUCACUUUUCGUUCCGUGACCGUGUCGCCCUGUCGGGCGUCAAUUCAAUUAACUGGGCGCGCAUUCUGGCGCAGAUCGUCUACUACUUUGUUGCCGGUGCCACCCUUGGCGCACCGCAUCGCAAAGUAGCCUUCACGGUCCCGACCGGCAACUUUGGAGAUAUUUUCGCUGGUUACGCGGCAGUGAAGAUGGGGCUUCCCGUCGAAAAGCUCAUUGUUGCGACCAAUGUGAACGACAUUCUGGCGCGUACACUCGAAACCGGCCGCUACGAAAAGCGGGUCGUGACGCCAACGAUUUCACCUUCGAUGGAUAUCCAGGUUUCGUCAAACUUCGAACGGCUUCUGGCGGAGGUUAGCGGUCGCGACGGGUCGUCGGUCCGCCGGAUGAUGGACCAGCUCGCCCAGUCGGGCAGCUUUUCGAUAGAGGAAGGGCCGCUUGCUGAAAUGAGAGCCCAUUUCGGAGCAGGCCGUUGUGACGAAGCGCAGACGGCGGCGACAAUUGCCGGAACGUGGAAGGAGGCCGGAUAUCUUCUGGAUCCACAUACGGCGAUCGGCGUUCACGUGGCCAGGAACCACGAAGACGGUUCGGUGCCCAUGGUGGUGCUGGGAACGGCUCAUCCGGCGAAGUUCCCGGAUGCGGUUGAAAAAGCCUCAGGUAUUCGGCCCGAACUGCCGGACAACCUGAAAGAUAUGAUGACUGCGGAGGAGCGCCAGCAGGUUUUGGCGGCAGAACUGGACGAGGUGGAACGAUUUAUCGAGACACACGCCCGCGCCGCCACCGCCAGGGUGUAG